GCUAGUUGCUUAAAAAUAUAGUUUAAUAUUUUUUCGGUUCUAUGUUCAAUGCACGUUAGAAAUUCAAGAAUGGAAGUUUGGAAGCUUUGGAAGCUCACCGAUUUGCGUAGAAUAUUGAUAGACAGAUAGAUAGAUGCAAUUGCCCACAAACUAGAAGACGAAAUCCAAAGAUGAAGAAGAGUUCCUCUACCGAGGGGUUGCCCCCUUGCCCAGAAUCGAAUCACAUGACCAAUAUGGUGAAGAAUCGAGCUUUCGAUUUCUCAAUAUUGUUACUCUUGUUCUUCGGCUCACUUUACUUCAUUUCCAUUCCCUCCCGCCUCCGCCCUAUCUUUUCCACCCCUAAUCCCCCUCGCAAUUCCUCAACCACGUUUGAAAUGAUUGUUCAGCGGGAUGAACUCGACAUGGUUUUAGCCGAAACAUCGACUGAGAACAAGACUGUAAUCAUCACCAUGGUAAACAAAGCCUAUGUGGAAGGGGACAAGUCGAUGCUUGAUCUAUUCAUGGAGAGUUUUUGGCUCGGCGAUGGUACUUGGGGGUUAAUAGAUCACCUUUUGAUCGUGGCCGCUGAUCAAGUAUCCUACGAGCGGUGUAAGUUUCUCCGGCUUCAUUGCUACAAGCUUGAAACGGACGGUGAAGACUUUGCCGGGGAGAAGGUAUACAUGUCUAAAGAUUUUAUCAAGAUGAUGUGGAGGAGGACUUUAUUUCUUGGGGAUGUAUUAAAGCGUGGCUACAACUUCAUUUUCACGGACACCGAUGUGUUAUGGUUUAGGAAUCCAUUUUCCAUUUUGAGCCCAAAUGAAACGAUAGACUUUCAAAUCAGUGUCGAUAUAUUCAACGGGUCCGAACCCGACUUCAUCAACACUGGUUUCUACAUGAUCAGAUCGAACAACAAGACAAUUGCAUUGUUUGAUCAUUGGUACGCAAAAAAAGAAGUCUACUUCUGGACGAAAGAGCAGGACGUCUUGAAGGCGCUCAUGAGAAAUGGUUUGUUUAGAGACUUAGCACUCAACGUUAGGUUUUUGGACACACUUUAUUUCAGUGGCUUUUGCGAAAAUAGUAGAAAUGUGGGCGUUGUGGUGACGGUUCAUGCUAAUUGUUGUCGUACGAUAAGAGCCAAAGUGGCUGAUCUAACGAUUGUAAUUCAUGAUUGGAGGAGGGCUAAGGGCUUGUUUGCCAAUGAGACGUCGACGUUUCGAUGGUCAGAGCACUUAGCUUGUGUACAUUCCUGGGACAAUUGAGAACUAUUCAAAUGUUCCUUGAAGUUGUAUAUAUGAUCUUAGGAUUUUCAUUUAUUUGUUUAGAGAGAGAAUGGUGAUGGCAAAUGGGCUCAUUCUUACGGAUAAUUUACGGAUUGAAAAAGUGCAAGGA